UCGGGUGUACAUCCUAACUGCGACCUUCUGUUUCGUGCCAGGCCUCCGAGGAGCUCCUCAAGCAGCACUACAUUGACCUGAAGGACCGUCCCUUCUUCCCGGGGCUCGUGAAGUACAUGAACUCCGGGCCGGUUGUGGCCAUGGUCUGGGAGGGACUGAAUGUGGUCAAGACGGGGAGAAUGAUGCUUGGGGAGACCAACCCAGCGGAUUCGAAGCCAGGCACCAUUCGUGGGGACUUCUGCAUUCAAGUUGGCAGGAACAUCAUUCAUGGCAGUGAUUCAGUAAAAAGUGCAGAGAAAGAAAUCAGCCUAUGGUUUAAGCCUGAAGAGCUGGUCCACUACAAGUCUUGUGCUUUUGACUGGAUCUAUGAAUAAAGGGGGACAAAGCAUCCAUCCCCUUUGGCAUCACUUGACGUGUCCCUGGACACAGCUGUUCAUUCCGGUGACUUGGAAGUAAUAGAAUCAAUUUUUUCUAAAACGUACUUACCAAUAAAGCCUUUGGAAACUGG